UCCGUCUGGGCGGGGAAGGAACGGAGCCAUUCAUUCUUCAAUCUGAGGUCCCGGUGAAAACGUGGAGGAUGAAGAAGAUACACUGAGGAAAGAAAAUUAAGUCCAGGAUCAACCGACCAGCUGAAACUGCACAAACCUCCGAGAAGGCACAAGAAGAUCCGUCAACUUGCAGGAUUUCAGAGGCGGCGCUUGAAAAUCCGCACAGCAAAGCAACUUUACGCGUAAGUUGUGAAGAGUUGAGAGAGGACUCGCUACAUCAUUAGGAUUUAACUGAAGAUUUAACUCUGCAUCCUCCACAAGAUUCCACACAAGAGGUGUGUCUGAUGUGACGCCAGCGGGCUGGCUCAGGGAACACAACUUCUAUACAAUGUAGACACCAAAAACCAGACAGAAUAAGAGUCUGAAGACUGAGCCGACAGAAGGAGGGUGAGUCCAAGGAGGAGGAACAACAGCUGUGCCGAAACGACACCAGCAGAAGAUAAGAAGUGAAAGAAGCAGAGAGAGAAGAGGGAAGCAGCAAACUGUGAAUCAUUAACGUGAACCCUUUGUGCACAGCAGUGUCACCUACUCCUUCCUGUAAAGUGUUCACUCGCCCCGAGGGAGAAGGAUCACAAUAUCAGCUCUCGGUCUUCUGAGGGCCUCCGACCCACACUCCACCUUUGCACCUCUCAGACGUGUUGAAAUCUGAACAAAGGGAGACUCCAGCCGCCGUCAGCAUGUGCCAUGUCAUUGUCACCUGCCGCUCCAUGCUGUGGACUCUGCUGAGUAUUGUGGCUGCGUUUGGAGAGCUCAUCGCCUUCAUGAGCACUGACUGGCUGGUGGGAUUCCCCCGCACCCCCGAUGCCGUCUUCGGCCCCCAUGGGACCACCACAGCCGGAGAGGCCUACAGGCCCACUUUAGGCAUCUACGGUCGCUGUAUAAAACUGCCCCACCUGCAUCGUGGAAUACUGUGUGGACCGUACGCCAUCCACUUUGGGGAGAUUGCCAGCGGGUUCUGGCAGGCUACUUCUAUCUUCCUGGCGGCAGGGAUUCUGCUACUGUGUGCCGUGGCGUUCAUCUCGGUCUUCACCAUGUGCUUCCAAAGCAUCAUGAAGAAGAGCAUCUUCAACGUGUGUGGACUGCUGCAAGGGAUCGCAGGUCUCUUUCUGAUCCUGGGUUUGAUGUUGUACCCUGCUGGCUGGGGUUCAGACAAGGUCCAGCUGUACUGCGGUCACGACGCGGCUCCGUACCGGGCCGGGCUCUGCUCCAUGGGCUGGGCCUUCUACACGGCCAUGGGCUGCACCGUGCUCACCUUCAUCUGCGCUGUCUUCUCCGCUCAGGCUGAGAUCGCCACCUCCAGCGACAAGGUUCAGGAGGAGAUCGAGGAGGGGAAAAGCCUCAUCUGCCUCCUCUGAGGCCCAGAUACUUUUGUCCUGUGGGGAAAUGAGAAGAAGAAGAAGCAGGGAGAGGAAAUCCACACCUUUUCUCAUAAUGGCCUGUGAAAUGGAAGCCCCUGCAUUGUUUACCACUAAAACUGACCCUUUUUGUUUUGUGUUUGUGUGGGAGAAAUCUAAGAGUGCCAAGUUUUUUCUCAGUGUGUUUUUGUCUUUCUGCCACUAGAGGUGCUGUGUUUGUUAUUGUAUUCAUGUUAAACAUGUGGGCGCCAAGAGGGGAUUUGUCUGUCGCCACGUGUUCUGUAAAUAAGUGUGAUUAUAUAUAUUUUGUACAUAGUUUUGAUCGCAGAAUGAUGGUCAGCUUGAUCCAGGCUGGGCUGAUGAUGUCACUCUUGCCUUAAAAACACUGGUGUUUUUUGUCACCAGACCACGACCAGCAAACCUGGAUCUGUUAACUGUUUGCCACGUGUGACUGUUAACUCAACAAGGGAACCACUACUCAGUCAGAAUAAACUACUCACAGAAUCAGAGUGGGUGUCCUUUAAAGCUUACAGAAUGUACUGUUAUUUGAAUGAUUUAUGUGUUUGCAGACCCUUGAAAUGUAUCAAUGGAAAUGAUUAUUCACGCAGACUGCACGAGGACAAGCGUGGUGCAUUUUGUUUGUCCUCUGUUUUGUAAAAUCCUGACAUGAAGUGAGCUUAAUCCUAGCCUAAGCUGAAAGACGACCUGUGAAGGGUCCGCGUCUGGUCCUCAUUCAGCAGACAUCCUGUAAUCUUCGCACAAAGACAUGAACUGAAUGAUGAGGACACUUAAAUGAAGUAUUGCUGUUAUUAGUAAUGUCUGGUUUCAGGGAGGCUGUCGAGUCGUAGAUAGUGUCCUAUCCUAUCUUCCCAUUUGUUUCUGCCAAACGAAUAAAGAGAAGGGAGAAAAAAAA